AUGGCCACUGUGCCCAAGCUGCUCGCGGAAGAAACCAGCGAGAGGUCCAAUUGCUCUGGAACUGGCUCAACGCGAGGUGGGCAGCUUUGUGUCCAGCUUCGACUUGCCACCAUCUUCCUUCUCGAGCGACCGAGAUGCCCCGGACAGCUCCAGGGAGUUCGGAACACAGACUUGGAAAAGCUCCGUGCGAGAGUGCUGCGCAAGAUGUGCGUUGCCCAAGUGCCAGAGUCCAUUUGCUGCUGCGUUCUGGCUUUGAUCUUUUUGAUACAAAACCUCCGAUCGAUCCACUUCAUUGCCGCAUCCGAAGCUGCAGUCCAGGUGCGCUUUGUGGUCAUGUGCGCCAGCGGAGCGACGGCCACGAUCCUGGUGGCCUGGGGCUUUGCCGAUAUCAUCAUCUCCAUGUGGGUCAAGACGGACUUUGUCCAGGAGAACGCUCGACUUGUUGUAUUUUUCUACUUGGUGGAGAUAUGCAGCUGGUGGCCCUUUCUUUCGCAGAUCGCAAUUGAGGCAGACGUGCUCUUGAUGGUCAGGUAUCUCUCCACUGAGCUGAUUGUUAUGACGUUUCUGGUGGUGUGCGGCUUCUACGCAAUUCCAGGAAGCAGCAAGUUCCGUGGCUCGAUACUGAACAUCGUGCUGCACUUCUUCGGGCAGGUCGCCUUGGCAGCGACCAUGAGCCCAUUUCUGGCUGGGGCCAAUCUGCUGUUCUUCGACAAUUCCCUGACCUUUCGCUAUUUGAACAGAUGGUACUAUCCAGUGCGGUACCUUCAUGUCGCGCUGUAUGUCGAAAGACUGCCUUACUCAAUUCACCAACUCUUCUUGGACCCCGUGAAUGACAUUGCCGUGGUCUUCCUGAGCAUCCAGAUCAUCCUUGUCUAUUUGGUGGUGCCCAAGUUGCGGACCGCCAGCCAGCGCGACAAGGCGGAGGAGUUCCAGCAGAAGACGGGUGGAGCCCUGGAGGUGAGUGUGACCAACGUCAAGGGAAUGCAUGGCGACCAGUCCCGCCCUCGAGCCACCACCGGGUUGAGGUCCAGAAUCUUCCACGACGCACCGCGGGCAGCGGAAGGCGAGGACAGCUUCGUGGAGGUGCUGAACGCGGUGGGCGACACCUUCGAGGCAUUAUUGCUUGCUAGUCAAGCUGACAGCCCGCGGGUGCGAUGUGCAGUCCUUGGUGUUGCCAUACAGCCGCUUUCCGAGGCAGGCACAGCCAAGCUGCUGCUGCUGCUGCCCCUGAUUCUGCCGCAGCUCUUGUUGGCCUUGCGAUGGACAACAGUGGAGGACUUUGAGGACUGUCCUUUGAGCUGCUUUAUCUUAGAGAAGGCCUUGUCUCUGAAGGACACGAAGUUGGUUUCUAUGGUGUACUGGCAACUGCUAGGCCUGGCCACCGACCAGUCUGACAAAGCUUGCCUGAUGUACCGAGAGGUUCGCCUCCGUCUUCUCUAUGCUCUGCUGCAGCGUGACUUCAACGGUAGGCAAUAUGACGACGAGUAUUGCAACCAGGCACUCGACAUCAUUGCCGAUCAGCGGCGAGUGAGUUUCCAAAUCCGAGCACUCUGCAGGGCUGUGCAAUCCGCCAAAGGUGGCCAUGCCGGAAGGACGGCGGCCCUGCGGCAGCAACUUGCUGUGCUGAAAGACAGGAGAGAUCGGCGAGAAGCGGGGCAGGCGAGCACGCCCGAAACACCGCCCAGCCCUGCCACCACCACGGCCGAGCUGGAGGAAGUGCAGGUCGAGUCGUCGGCUUCUGCAGAGACAGAGACCGGCAGGUCCAGCACAAGAGCAUCGAGAUCCCGAUCGGAGUCCUUGGAGGAGAUGAGGCGCAAAAAGCAGGUCAUUUUUGUCGAAGAAGUCACAGUUCGUGAAGACUGUGAAGCUGACACCGCUCCAUGUGCCAGAGAGAGGUCAAUCUCGGUCAGCAGCUUCAACAUGAUGAGGCAGCCUUCCCAAGACUACUCGCGGACGGAUGAGCAGCAGCCGUCCAGCUGCUGUUCCAGGUGUAGAUGCUGCUUCAGCGGCAAGAACAAGAAAGCAAAGGUGGAUCUCAUCCGGGAGGAGUGGAAAGCAGAUCCUAGUUUGCAGACGUUUGGAAAUCAGGAGCUAACCUUGAUGAAUGCUGGGACCCCGCUUCCAGUUGAUCCUGCACAGCCUCUGGGAGCUUUGAGUUGCAAAAAGUGCUUCGUGGCGAAUUCGGCGGUGGCUCCAGUGGUCUUCGCCUUCCAAGACGCUCACGGGGCCAGUCGACUCUAUGCCAUGAAGAAGGGUGAUGACCUGCGCCAGGAUGCCCUUGUGCUUCAGAUCUUCCGUAUCAUGGAAGCUGCUUGGGCUGAGCAUGGACUCAAAGAGGUCUCAUUGCUGCCAUACAACGUGCUUGCGCUUUCCCCAAAGGAGGGAAUGGCUGCAUUCGUGCCACGUGCAAAAAAUGUGUCAAGUAUCCUGGAGGAGUUCGAUGGUGACAUCAGCAAUUUUAUCAAGCAACACUGCGCAGGAGCUGUUUCUGCGGCUUACGACCGCUUGUGCGGCAGCACUGCAGGGUAUUGCAUUGCAACAUACGUGCUGGGAAUUGGGGAUCGCCAUUUGGACAACAUCAUGAUCACGGAGGAUGGGCAUUUCUUCCACAUUGACUUUGGCUUUGUUCUCGGCGACGACCCCAAGCCUGGAUCUCCGUCUGUGCGAGUCCCCCGCGAAGUGCUGGAGGUGCUGAGGGCAUCCGGGCGCUACGACCGGUUUCGGGAGCUGCUCCGGGAGGCCUUCACAUUGAUCCGCCGCACUGCGCGGUUGUGGACGGCACUCCUCUCACUGGCCUCCAGUGCGGGAGGGGCUGGGGUGACUCCCCUCCGGUAUGAUGCGGAACGUGCCAUUCAUACGGUGCGCCAGCGUUUGCACCUGGAGCUCGACGAUGCGUCAGCAGCUGCGGAGAUCACCGCCGAGGUGGAGCUCAACGCCACGGCGAUGCUGCCUGUCAUCUAUGACAAGCUGCACCAGGCAUUGAUUUCCUCGCCGCCCGCCAGCAUGGAUGAUGACGACUUGCCGCCGCCCCUGGAAGCAGCACGCAGCAGAAAUACGCUGGAGGUUGCAAAUGCGCAGCAGCAGGAGCAGGAGCCUGAGGAGCGGAAUGAGGUGGCAGACGCCAUGAUGCAAAGAGCUUUGGCCGCAAGAGAGCAGAAGAAAAAGGAAACCGAGGAAGCCAGGAGAAAAGCUGAUGGAUUUGGCGGAGGCCUCAAGAAAGGUUUCCUCUCCUCGAAGGCUCCGAAGAAGCCAGCAGUCAAAGAGAAAGCCAAAGAUGAAGGCGGAAGCGAGGUAAAGGAGCCCAAAGAGGUGCCCUUCAUAACGGGUGCUGGCUCCAAAGAGGAAGCAAAGAGGAUGAGCUUACAGAUGCCAGAGGUGCAACAGGCCAUGCAGGGCAUGAACAAGCUCAAAGAAGACAAGUCCUGGGUGACACCGCAGCUGAUGACAGCCUUGCAGUCCCGACCGGAUCUAUUGAAGGCGUUGUCAGAUCCCAAGAUUCAGGAGGCAAUGGCUCUCAUGCAGACCAACCCGGACGAGGCCAAGCGAAGGUAUUCCAACAACGAGGAAGUCACAAAGUUCCUCCAGGAAUUCAGCGCCCUCAUGGCCACGCACUUUGACGUCUUGAGCAAAGAGGCCCCAAAUCCGAAGCCGCAAGGCUCUGGCUACACUGCAAAGUCGCCAGCGCCAGUGCAACCCGCAACUGUGCAGCCAGUGCAGCCAGUGCAGCCAGUGCAGCCACAGGCUUUGCCCACAGACGACCCAAAGGUGGCAGCAGCGUUUAACGACCCGGAGGUCCAGAAGCUGAUCGGAGAGCUCUACGCGGGCAAACCGCUGGAGAUGCACGAACUCUGCCAGCAACGGCCGCACCUUUUCCACAAGGUCAAGAUCUUGAUUGACUCGGGUUUGCUGGGACUCCAGAGAUGACGCAAAUUGGCGGCUUUGCACUUGCUCGUGCACUGGUGGUAGCACUGCUCAAAUACGCCUGCAACCCACGGCAUGGCGAUGAGCAACGGCUCGUGUCACUGAAAAAGUCGAAUUUGUGAAUUCCGGCGUGCAGCGAAACAGAUCCGAAACUUGC